GAGAAAAGCGCGAAAACCUCGAAGCAAAACCUCUGAGGAGAGGACUCAGCUUGACUGCAAAAAAUCGGUCCAGCAGCAGAUAAACUGAACCACGAGGAAUCACUGUCAUGGAUCCUGCCAUAACAAUAGAAAGCUUAAAAAAAGACCUUGCUGAAGUGAAGGCUGCUUUGGAGCAAAAGAAAUUAGAAGAUGUUUCGGCUGAAGCUCAACAGCAGUCAAAUUUAUUAAAGAACAUCAGGUUGGCAAUUGCCAUCACAGGAAGUUCAGGUGCUGGGAAAUCAUCUUUCGUCAAUGCCCUGCGAGGAAUGAAAGAUCGUGCAGAGGGGGCAGCUAAAACGGGGGUGAAAGAAACAACAAUGGUGCCACAAGAAUAUUCAUACCCCACAUUCCCCAACUUCAAAAUUUGGGAUCUACCAGGAAUUGGAACAGUUAAAUUUAGUGCAAAGGAAUACCUAACAAAGGUCAAUUUCAGCAAUUAUGAUUUUUUCAUCAUUGUCUCCUCGGGACGCUUCACUGAGGAUGACACCAACUUGGCUCUUGAGAUCCAGAAAAAUAAGAAGAAAUUCUACUAUGUGCGUAGCAAAGUGGAUGUCGAUAUAGAUAAUGACAGGCGGUCAAAAGGCAUCGAUUUGGAGGACACCCAUGAGGUGAUGCAGUCUGAGAAGGAAACUCUUGACACUGUACGGAAAGAUAGCUAUGAUAAUUUGAAGGCGUUAGGUGUGUCUUCUCCAAGGGUCUUUCUAAUAUCGAGGUGGGAUUUGAGCAAGUAUGAUUUCCCCCUGCUUCAAGAGACCUUUGAAAAGGAACAGGAUGAACUCAAGAGAGAUGUUUUAAUCAUGUGUCUUCCGAUUUUAACAAAAGAUAGCAUUAAAAAGAAGAAGGCUGCUAUGGAGAGCCUGAUAUGGAAAAAAGCCAUUGCAAGUUGUGCUGUUGGGUUGAUUCCGCUCCCACUCCUCUCGUUUGGUUUUGACAUUUCCAUUGUGGUUUCGACAAUGAGGGAUAUCGGCAAAGUUUUUGGCUUGGAUGAUUAUUCCCUCAAUAUACUAGCAAACCGAGUGGGGAAACCUGUUGAGGAGUUGAAAUCUGUUAUUGAACAUACCCCAAGCACCGAUAAGAUCACGGCAGAAUUCGUCAUGGAUAUCUUGAAGAGUUCAGCAAUGUGGGGAACAAUCACAGUGGUAGAGAUGGUUCUGGAUUUCAUACCUCUGUUGGGGUCUCUCUAUGGUGGGGGCAGUUCUUUUGCUACCACAUUCUACUUGCUGAAGAAUUUCCUGGAAAACGCUGUGAAAGAUGCAGAGAAAGUUCAGGCAAAGGCUGCUGAGCCCAAGAGACACAAGUAAACAGCCAAUACAUCUACCUGGGAAGAGAGAUCCAGGUGAAGCAUGCAUUAUCUCAUCUUUCUACCACAUCAUCAACCAAUAGCUUUCUUCACAAGUGUGACCUCUGGUCUUGGAACAUGGCAUCCUAGCAUGCUCCCUCUCUUCCUCUUCAGCUCAGCACAGACUGGAAAGAGAAGGUGCUGAAUUGCAACUCAUUACCAAGCUUAAAACCAUGGAGAGACCUGGUCUGAAUAAGGACACU